GUAGUUUGUGAUGAAAGAGAACAAUAGGAUCAGGAUCCUUUUUUUUAGAUAAAAUCGUCUUGUUACCGAAACCUACAAAAAAUGCAGAGGUCUGUGAUUAGGAACUUCAUAUACAAUCCGUGCGCCCAAAAAAGUUGUUAUUUAAAAGAUUUUUAUUCAGUUUUAUUAAAACGAUGUUUGUGUCACAAUAUUUAUAAAGAAGCAACUUUAGGAAGUAAAUUUGAGGGAAUUUGUUUAAUUUAGUGAUCUUUCAGAUAGAGUUUUUAACAAUGAAGCUUAAUUCUCUAUAUGGAGAAAAAAUUGAUCAGGCCGAUUGGCUUAUAUUUACAUAUACACUUCUCGUGGCACUUUUUUCGAUUAUUCUUUUCCUUUAUGGCUUUUUCCCCAUGAUACAUUAUGAAAAUUCUGUAGCCACGAUGAAUGACAUCCCUCAAUUUGUGGAACAAAUCAGAGUUAAAACGGAAGAGUUAUAUCAACCAAUAGCGAAAAGGGUUGUUAUCAUGGUAAUUGAUGCCCUACGAUGGAGUUUUGUCACAGGAGACACAACGAAAGACUCUAUGCCCAUUUUAUCAAAUUUAAUAGAAAAUAAUUUGGCAUGUCUUCUGCAAGCUAAAGUUAAUCCUCCUACUGUAACAAUGCCCAGAAUAAAGGCAUUGACGACAGGAACGAUACCUAAUUUCAUUGAUGUUAUAUUAAACUUGGAAGGAAGCACUGCGGUUGGAGACAGUGUUUUGCAACAAGCUAAGAAUAAUGGCCAUAAAUUAGUUUUUUAUGGUGACGAUACGUGGCUUAAACUUUUUCCAAGAACAUUUACUCGUCACGAAGGAACGACCUCAUUUUUCGUAACGGAUUUCACAGAAGUCGAUAAUAAUGUGACACGCCACAUAAAAAAAGAACUACACAGGAACGACUGGUCAAUAAUGAUCCUGCACUACUUAGGCCUCGACCACAUCGGUCACGUGGCCGGACCUUUUAGUCCAUUAAUACAGCCUAAACUUGAAGAAAUGGAUGAAAUUAUUGGCCAAAUAAAAUCCCGCAUGAAUCACUGGAAUACGAAUAACAUCCCUUCAUUAUUCAUAGUGUGUGGGGAUCACGGAAUGGCCGACUCUGGGGGUCACGGUGGUGCAACAUUGGAAGAAACACUGGUGCCAAUUGUCACCAUUGGUGCAUCUUGUCCUCAAAAAAAUAGAGAACCUCGCAAAAUCGCUCAAAUCGAUUUAGCUUCGACACUUUCUAUAAUUCUCGGUAUUCCUAUUCCUUCAUCAAAUUUAGGAACCGUUUCUUUAGACAUUUUGGAUGACCUGCCUGCACAGAAAAAAUUAUUUGUCCUUUAUUACAACUCGAAGCAACUAGUCAAUAAUUUCAAGGAACUCCCGAAUUAUAAGGAACAACAAGCUUAUAAAUACCAUGAAGAUGCAGUAAAACUUCACGCUGCCUGGUUGAAUACCAGUUUACAAUCAAAUGAAAUGGUUGAGGAUAUUGUAAAAAUGUAUCUUAGUGCCCUCGAAGGAAUGAAAGAAUUACUUACCAUAAAUAUGGUAAAAUAUGACAUUCCUGCCAUGAUGAUAGCGAUUAUUUUUUUAUUUCAGGUCUUGUACAUUAUGGUAAAUGGGCAAAAUCGGAGAAUUUCAACUUCGAAGAAGAUUAUCCUUACGGUUAUAGCGAAGGUCCUUUUAUGGUUCUUACUGAACUAUUUACUCGAGGCAGAAGGAAAUACGAUAUUGUAUUCCAGUGUAGCGAAUAGCGCUUUUCUCACCACUCUAGUCGUCUUAAUUUUGGUGUUCAAUAGCUAUUUAUGCACCAAAUUCAAGUUCAACAUUCCAACUACUAGCCAAUUAAGGAAAUAUGGAACAAUUAAAUUACUUCUUCCUUUGGGAGGAUUUUUACAUGCCCUAAGCCUGAGUAGCAGUAGUUUUGUAGAAGAAGAACAUCAGACUUGGUACUAUUUCUGGGUGACAUAUUUCGUUUUUGCGUUUUACGAUAUCGUCGUGAGAUGUGCCACUUAUCGACUAAGUGAAUACUGUCGAGUAGACGCAGGAAUAAAAAUGUUGCUACUCUUAUUAGCUCAUAGGAUCCUUAGGAACUUAAAUAGUACUGGUGACAAACAUGCUCAUUUGCCAGAUAUUGCUGAUUGGCUUCUAGACGAAAAUCACAAAAUUGGAUUAUUGCUCUUCUUCAUUCUAGGGUUCGCGUUAUUAAUUAAAAUCGACUACGAGCUGGAAGAAGACAAAUUUAGAAAGCCUUGCCUCCUUUUUAAUAUUUCUAUAACAGCUUGUAUAUAUCUUCGGCACAUGGUCGCUGGAACUUUACCCAGAUUACCUUCUUAUCGAGAUUCUAAAGGGAUCUUCGAAAUACAAGUCUUCUGGUUUUUAAUAUUAAUUUAUCUCUCUCACUGCGCUUUGAGAUUAAUAAAAGCGGCACGAGAAAGGAUGGAGAAUUCUCUAUCACUAUUUUUAUUUUUGUUUUUACAUUUGUGGAUUAUGGUUUCUGCCCUUUUGCAUCGACCUCACAACGUGAUUUUACUGCCAGUGCAAUUAUUAUCUAGUUCGGUGAUUCAAAUGAUCACAAAAUUGUGCAGGCUCGAAAAAUUGAGAGUUGUUCUUCAUAUCUGGUUAGGCAACGUUUUUUACUUCUAUCAGGGAAAUUCAAAUAGUCUUGCGACUCUUGAUGUGGCUGCAGGAUACGUUGGAUUGGAAUCGUAUAUUCCGUUAAUCACUAUGAUUUUUAUGACAAUAAAUACAUAUUCGGCACCUGUUCUGGCAUAUUUAAGUCUUUUAUACAACGAAACUCUCGAAAAGCCAAACUCCUCCUGCCAAACAGUUUUGAGAAUCAACAAACAAUACCUUAUUUGGAGAUUGGUGCCAAUAACUGUCUAUACUGUGAUUGUUACAGUGCAACGAUACCAUCUCUUCGUAUGGACUGUAUUUUCCCCAAAAUUACUUUAUGAAGCAGUACACUGUGCCGUGAUGUAUUUUAUCGCAUCAUUAAUGCAAUUAAUUUUCAUAACGUACAAUACCCAACAUGUGAUAUACCAUUAAGCCUCUAAAACAUUUUAAUUGUGAUUCUAGUGUCUCUUAUUAGAAUCUUAUACACUUUAGGAAACUGUUUUAUUCAAAAAAUCAUACAAUUUAGAAUAUUAUACAUUUCGAAAUAUUAUACACGUUAAAAUAUAAUGUAGCUUUUC